UGGAACAAGAAAGCUCCUCAGAAUUUGAUGCGAUGAAUGCAUGGUACCUCCCUACGCUGCUUGAGGUGUAGCUGGACAGUAGCUCGUUACCGGGCGCCUUCGCAAGCUGCUGGGGGUUGCAGACUUCAAUCGCAAACCCAUCCAAUCUCGUCCCCCCCAAGUGAGGGACACAAAUCAUUGAGGGUUGCGGCACGCGAUUGCCGAGAGAGGCCCCUCCCACGCAGUCGUUGAUUGUUUCCAGCCGCUUCUGGAAAUACUCCUCGCUUCAACUACCCAGUCGAAGAAGCGGUACUCGCGCAGCCACUUUACACCCCCGGCCGAAUUGCUUGCCCUCCUCUCGGCUGUGCGGUCCAUGGACUAGCGAAAGGAAUUGCCCAGGAGCUCAAGGCUGAUCCGAACCGCUCCCCUGCGCCAGCAUCACCAAUACUACCCCGCGCCGGAUCUGCAGGCAUUGCAAACGGCCGCUCAAGAGCCAGGCGAUGCCGCCUUCGCAGGCCAUGGCCAACAGCGGGCCGACUGUGAUCACCCCCCAGUCGCCGGGCAUCUGCGUUGAUUUCCAUGGCGAUUCCAACAAGCAGGAGAGCCUCCCGCGACCCGCGCUCGGGGCUAACCUGUCAGCGCCGGCAGUGCAACAAACAUACCAAAGCCCCAUGCGCCAACACAGGCGGACACCCUCUCAGCAUCGCGAAAUCAAGGAAACACUAGAUGCCCGCACCGAAUACGCCAGUGAUGACUCUGAGGGCCGGUCACACCCCCGCAUCAACCAGUACACCAUCAAGGAGGAAAUCGGCAGGGGUUCCUUCGGCGCCGUUCACCUUGCCGUGGACCAGUUCGGUAACGAGUUUGCUGUCAAGGAGUUCUCCAAGGCGCGGCUACGCAAGCGGGCGCAGUCCAACAUACUCAAGGGGCCGCGGCACGCUGGUCAACUCCCCCGCCGCGGUGCCGCAUUUCCCUCUGUCAUUGGAUCACGCCUCAACGACUACCGAAGUGCCGAGGCUAAGGAUGCACUCCAUCUGAUCCGGGAAGAGGUCGCAAUAAUGAUGAAGCUCAACCACCCGAACCUGGUGCAGUUAAUCGAGGUGCUCGACGAUCCCGAAGAGGACUCUCUGUACAUGGUUCUAGAGAUGUGCAAAAAGGGUGUGGUAAUGCAGGUAGGACUGGACCAGGCCGCCAAAGCGUACCCUGAGGAAACCUGCCGCCAUUGGUUCCGCGACCUCAUCCUGGGAAUCGAGUACUUGCAUGCUCAGAGCAUAAUCCAUCGAGACAUCAAACCGGACAAUUUGCUUCUUACCAACGAGGACGUCCUCAAGGUAGUCGAUUUCGGCGUGUCGGAGAUGUUCGAAAAAGCAGGCGAUAUGCGCACGGCCAAGUCGGCCGGAUCUCCGGCCUUUCUCCCACCCGAGCUUUGUGUGGCCAGGCACGGCAACGUGUCGGGGACCGCCGCGGAUAUUUGGUCUAUGGGUGUGUCACUGUACUGUCUCCGCUACGGGAGGAUACCCUUUGACAGGUCCACUCCUCUGGAAAUCUACGAGGCUAUUAAGGCUGAACCCCUGGGUCUGCCGCCUGACGAGGGGGAUGAUUUUGUCGACCUCAUGGGCCGAAUAAUGGACAAGGAUCCGGCCCGUCGCAUCACCAUGGCCGAGCUGAGGGAGCACCCCUGGGUCACAAAGAAAGGUUGCGAUCCUCUUCUUAGUGCCGAGGAAAACUGCGCAGUCAUUGUCGAGCCCCCGAACGACCUCGAAGUCAACCAUGCUUUCACCCGGAGGAUGAGUCAUCUGCUUUGUGUGAUGAAAGCAAUAUCCAGAUUCAAGAGCCUUUUGUCCUCCCGAAGUUUGCCCCCAACUCCCCGGAGGGUUCCCCCUGUCGGCCAACAGAGGCAAGAGGCUGUACAGACGCCCAGGCAAGAAGAAAAUCCGGAGCGCCGCCUUGACUCUGAUGUCGACAUACCUCGAGUGACAGAGCUAUCGGGCGCGGACCUGCUGAGGACUAGCGCAGAGCAUGCGGCCGUCCUCGUGGCUGAGCGCACCAAGCUUCUCCAGAACGGGAUAAAGUUGACGGAUGGGGGGAAAGGCCAGGCGCACGACCCAACGGACACGACGCCCCUCUUCCUCGGGAUUGGCACGGGUGGGCGCGACGACUUCAACUCAGACGAGCCACCGGCCGAUGUAGUCUCAGACUCCCCAGUUGCAGCGGGAUUCAACGUGUACGAUCGUGCCUAUGAGGAAGAGAUCGAGCGCCUGAAGACGCAGCGGGAUCCGCACACUCUCUUCUUGACGAAGCUUGUGGACGAGAAGGAUCAGUUCCGACGCGGGGGCGACGUUGUCGAAGAGGCCGCCUCUGCCGGCAAUACGACUGAGCACUCAUCACCGCUCACAGCAACGCCAGAGUCUGCCUUCUCUAGCAGUACCGGGAAGUUUGCCGACCUCGUUGCACGAACGAUGAAGGGCGCCCAAGAUAAGUCGGGCCCUUGACUCUAGGGUGAGCGGCGACGUGAUGGUAAACUAGGUUUGCCGAGCACACAUCCGAUUGCCUUCGCUACUGGACUUAUUGCCCGCCUGCUCACGUAGCCAUCCCCAGCCUGGGAGUAGGCGAGGGCAGGUUUCGGGAGGGAUGGCGGGGGUUGCGAGGACUCGUGUCCCUCUACAACCUUAUUUAUUGAUCUUUCCUUUUUGGUAAUCGUAGCAGGUCUUGGGCGACAGGGUCGCCAAAAGAACGAAGACGAGUAAACUUUAUCCAGCAUUGGAACAUCGAUUGCACUGUUUUUUUAUUG